GCUCCGAUCUCCACGACCGUGUACUCUGGCUCCCAUUGCACCAUGUCUCUCCGGCUCCUCGCGCGGUCGAAUCGUCUCUCGCGAGCUCUAGCCUCCGCUUCAGCUCCAGGCUCCGCUCUCGACUUUGGUAGCCGGGCGGCCUUCUUAUUCCGGCCCCUGAACUCUGCUGGAAUGGCAACUAAAGAUUCCUAUCGUAUAGAAUAUGAUACUUUUGGUGAACUAAAAGUCCCCACUGAUAAGUAUUAUGGUGCUCAGACUGUGCGAUCUACAAUGAACUUUAAGAUUGGAGGUGUGACAGAACGUAUGCCUAUACCAGUUAUUAAAGCUUUUGGCAUCUUAAAACGAGCAGCUGCUGAAGUAAACCAGGAUUAUGGUCUUGAUCCAAAAAUUGCUAGUGCAAUAAUGAAGGCCGCAGAUGAGGUCGCUGAGGGUAAAUUGAAUGAUCAUUUUCCUCUUGUGGUAUGGCAGACUGGAUCAGGAACCCAGACAAAUAUGAAUGUAAAUGAAGUUAUUAGCAAUAGGGCAAUUGAAAUGCUAGGAGGUGAACUUGGCAGCAAGAACCCUGUGCAUCCAAAUGAUCAUGUUAAUAAAAGCCAGAGUUCAAAUGAUACAUUCCCCACGGCAAUGCACAUUGCUGCUGCAAUAGAAGUUCAUGAAGUACUGCUACCAGGACUGCAAAAACUACAAGAUUCUCUUGAUGCAAAAUCUAAAGAGUUUUCUCAGAUCAUCAAAAUUGGUCGUACUCACACACAGGAUGCUGUUCCUCUUACUCUUGGACAGGAAUUUAGUGGUUAUGUUCAACAAGUAAAAUACGCAAUGACAAGAAUAAAAGCUGCUAUGCCAAGAAUCUAUGAGCUUGCAGCUGGAGGUACUGCUGUUGGUACUGGUUUAAAUACUAGAAUUGGCUUUGCAGAAAAGGUUGCUGCAAAAGUAUCUUCACUCACAGGCUUACCUUUUGUCACAGCUCCAAAUAAAUUUGAAGCUCUGGCUGCCCAUGAUGCUUUGGUUGAACUUAGUGGAGCCAUGAACACAACUGCAUGCAGUUUGAUGAAGAUUGCAAAUGAUAUUCGUUUCCUGGGUUCUGGUCCACGCUCAGGUCUUGGAGAACUCAUCUUACCUGAAAAUGAACCCGGAAGUAGUAUUAUGCCAGGCAAAGUGAACCCUACCCAGUGUGAAGCAAUGACCAUGGUUGCAGCUCAAGUUAUGGGAAAUCAUGUUGCAGUUACCGUGGGAGGCAGCAAUGGACAUUUUGAGUUGAAUGUUUUCAAGCCAAUGAUGAUUAAAAAUGUGUUACACUCAGCCAGGCUCCUUGGGGAUGCAUCCGUUUCCCCCACCUCCUUCACAGAAAACUGUGUGGUAGGAAUUCAAGCCAAAACAGAAAGGAACAAACUAAUGAAUGAAUCUCUAAUGUUGGUGACAGCUCUUAAUCCUCAUAUAGGGUAUGACAAGGCAGCAAAGAUUGCUAAGACAGCACACAAAAAUGGAUCAACCUUAAAAGCAACGGCUAUUGAACUUGGCUAUCUCACAGCAGAACAGUUUGAUGAGUGGGUAAAACCUAAAGAAAUGCUGGGUCCAAAAUGAUUGAAAGGAAUUUACAAUAAAAGCAAUCUCAUUAUAAAAUAAAAAGUAAA